UCUCGUUCAGUCUUAGUUGAGAAUUUGCGAGUCAUUUUCAGAAAUAUGGCUUUGACUCUAAGCUUUGUGAGAGAAACAAACCAGGUACUUUUCGCGGGAAAUUCUUGUGUGAAGGAGGUGAUACUAAACAGGCCUCACAAGCUGAAUAUUCUCAAUCACGAAAUGAUAAGUCAGAUGAAGGAGAGAUUGGCGUUGUAUGAGAACGACCCAUCAGUAAAAUUGAUCAUCUUAAAGGCUAAUGGAAAAGCUUAUUGUGCUGGCGGUGACGUGAUAUCGGCGGUCACUUCUUCAAUUGCAGGACACUGGACUUACCCAGCAAGCUUUUACAAGAAACAACUUACAUUAGAUCAUUUGAUAGCAACCUACAAAAAGCCAGUGGUGUCUCUCAUUAAUGGAGUGGUUAUGGGAGGAGGCGCCGGUCUAUCCAUGAACACAAAUUUUAGAGUUGUCACUGAAAGAACUGUGUUUGCUAUGCCAGAAGCAUCAAUAGGACUCUCCCCAGAUGUGGGUGCUUCAUAUUUUCUCUCCAGGCUUCCUGGCCAUUUUGGGGAGUACCUAGGAUUAACAGGAAGGCGUUUGAAUGGAGCAGAAAUGUUUAAAUGUGGCUUAGCGACUCAUUUUGUCCCUUCCAAGAAGCUAAAUUUGCUGGAAAAAGCCCUAUACUCCGUGACAACUUCAGAUAGUUCAACAAUUACGGCAUUAAUUGAUAAAUUUACUGAAAUAGUUUAUCUUAAGGAAGGCAGCCCCUUGAAGAGACUGGACACAAUCAACAAAUGCUUCUCAAAAGGAACUGUUGAGGAAAUUGUUCUAUCAUUGGAAAAGGAAAUAGAAGUGAAUGGAACAGAAAAGUGGAUUGCAGAUGCAUUAAAUUACAUGCGUGGAUCCUGUCCUACAAGCCUCAAGAUAUGGCUUAGAUCAGUGAGAGAAGGCAGAGUACAAAGCAUUGAACAAUGCCUUUCCCGGGAUUACAAUAUUGCCUGCCAUUUCUUCCGAAGAACUAUCAGCAGCGAUUUCUACGAGGGUUCAAGAGCUAAGUUAUUCGAUAAAGACAACAAGCCUACGUGGGAUCCUCCAAAGCUGGAGCUGGUUACUGAAGAAAUGGUAAAUCAAUUCUUCGAAAAUGUUGAGGAUGAGAAUUGGGAGUGUCUGCAACUUCCUCAUAGACCAAACAUAACCAGCAAGCUGUAG